CGCUUUUCCGCUGGGAUUGCCUCAUCUCCUUGCUGCUGCGAGCCCUGAUUUGCAUCAACCCUGCGCUUGUCAUUGCAGCCGAUGCCCAUGUCCACCCGAAGAGGGGCAUUUCUUCGGCCACGACCUCUUCCAGCGGCCGCUACAGCCCGAGCUCAACCAUGUCGAGUGCCGAGCCCAAGACCUCCGGCUGUUUGUGGAGGCCAUCAUCCCCCUCAGCUCGGUCGGCAUUGGCCACCGCAAGCGAGCCACCAUCUGGCUCGAGUACGCCCACCACCCCGAUGCCCUGGAGCGCAUGAGCAGAUGCUGUCAGCUGGACGGCUACAGCAUCAACAAGGUCGACCUGCAGAGACGCCACACCGGCAAUUGGCCGACUCUCCUUCCGUCGACGAUGCUGCUCCCCACCCCUACAUGACCAGAAGGAGAAGUGAGUUCCUCUCGGUAGCACGCAGGAACGAUAAGAAGAGAGAGCGUAUUGUACUGCUGCCCUUCCGACUCGCCGCGCCAGAGGCGGACAAGUGCAUCGCACGGGACAACUGGCCGCAAGAGGACGUGCAUCGGCUGCUGAUACUGAGGGAGCGGCUGAGGAAGGUCGUGCCUGCGGUGAGUGAGCUAGGGAUCGGCAAGAGAGGGAGGGCUGCGCACAUUCGUUUGUCUGUUUCUCUGUCUGUUGAUGUCUGUCUGUCGAUGUGUGUGUGUUUGUAUACAUCAGGAUGAGGAGCUCAUUGCCCAGUCGCGGUGGAUGAGCAUCCACAAGCUGCUCGAUGCCCCCGACACCAUCGGGACGACGCGGAUCUCGAGCGGGACGAUGCGGAUCCUCGAGAUCCGCGUCGAGGAGCCCGUCCACGACAGACGGGGGGGGCAGCGUGCCGUGGCUGGCGCAGCUGCAGCUGAUGGAGCUGCUUCGCCUGUAUGGAGUGGCGGUGAAGGGCAUGCGGCUGGCUGGCCCCCAUGAGCACGGGGUUCAUGGCCGGCUACCUGCAUCUCAAGCCGACGGGGCUCGUUCGGGCGCUGCUUCUCGGGAGGUGGGUGGGUGGACAGCGAGGGGACGGAUGGAUUCAUGGAGACCUGGUCUCUCUCUCUCUCUCUCUCUCUAUCUCUCUCUGUGUGUGUGUGUGUUGUGCGUGGCCUGCAGUGAGACCAAGUUCCGCGAAUACGUGGCGGACAUGACGGCCGAGAUCGUGCGGAUCGAGGGUUGCCGAUGCGACAGCAAUGGGUAUACGCAGGCAGGCAGGCAGGCAGGCAGACACACGCUUCCACUGACAGGUACAACUUCACACACCCUUCUCCCCUCGCUUUCCCAUUAUUGUCAGCACACUGUCGCCGAUCCUGGAGGACCCAGCAAUGGCAACCCGGCCGAUGUUGCUGCUGCUGCUCCUCUUGAAGCGCAGCUGCCGUCUGCAGCCUUCUGCUGCCUUUCAAAAAGCUGACAAAAAGGAGAAACGGAGAGGCUCUCUUGACCUGCCUCCAUUGCUUUGUGUCUGUGUCGUCUCAGAAGCGCAGCCGCCUAUGAGUUCCUCGAGGAAGCGGGAGGACCACGCUCCCUACGUGCAACAGCGCGAUGCAGCGAUGGGGUCCAUCAUCAUGUGGAUGGAAGGUACACACGCUCAGCCAUCCUUGACAUAUGCAUGCCUUUUGCCCCUGACGCAGCUAAGUCGAGGAAGGACUUGACUACAUCGACGGAGCAGAGCGGUGCGAACAAUGAAUGGCUUCACUUGGAUACUAUGAAUGGCGUCAUGAAGAUCUGCCGCAGAGAUGGGUGCAGCCGGGUCAGUCACCACACACCAAUGCUUGAACACAGUGGCAUGCUCUCUCGGUGAGGUGCGUGUGUGUGCAGAUCGAUGUGUGCGUGGGAGGAGCCUGCCAGCUCAACGAACCGCAGCUGCCGUCUGCAGCCUUCCUCGAGCUGUUGUGCAGGGCCACUCUCGGUAGUAAAGCUGACAAAAAGAGAAACGGAGAGGCUCUCUUCACCUGCCUCCAUUGCUUGGUCUCUGUUGUCUCAGGAGCUCCGCUGCGUGCUGACGAUCUCUCGUGCCUGUCGCCCAAGAGAAAGAAGACCAAAACCGAAGACACUCAUGACCAGGUCUGACAUCACCCUCCCUGCAGCCCCUUGGGCACUGCAUGCAGUGCAGGCUAUCCUUCCCACCUGUGCAUUCAUUGUAUCUGUCAGGCUGCUGGUGGACUUCUGCUUAUGUUGCAUUAGGCUAUUGCGGGCGGAAAGGAGUGAGAAGCCGGCGCCGGAAGACACACAAGAAGCAGGUGAGCACUUACACACACGCGCUUCUGGCCCUGCGUAUGUGAGCAGUCGUUGCGUGUAGUUUUUGCUGUCGAGAGCGGCUGCUGACAAGGUAGACCGGCUUUAUGGCCGGUCUGCAGCUGAAGCCCGGCUGACCAGGCUGGUCCGUGCGCUACUGCUAGGCAGGUGAGUGGGUGGGCACACUCGCGGGUGGGGAAGUUGCAUAGAACACGCGUGUCUGUUUGUUGGUUGGUCAUCCCUGGCUGUCAGUGAGUCACGCUUCCGCGAGUACGUCGCGGACAUGGUCGCGGAGCUCAUUCGCAUCGAAGGCUGCAGAUCUGACGGCAUCGGAGAGCCCACCCACGAACGGUCAGCCGGGGACAUCCCGUGGCUGGCUCAGGUGAUGGAGCUCCUGCGGAGCUACGGGGUGGGCAUCAAGAGCCUCCGGCUGCUGCCCAAGCACAGCGGCUUCGUGAGCGGCUACCUGCAGCUGAAGCCGACCAGGCUGGUCCGUGCACUGCUGCUGGGCAGGUGAGUGGAGGGGCACACUGGCGGGCGGGGAAGUUGCAUAGAACACGCGUGUCUGUUUGUUGGUUGGUCAUCCCUGGCUGUCAGUGAGUCACGCUUUCGCGAGUACGUCGCGGACAUGGUCACGGAGCUCAUUCGCAUCGAAGGCUGCCGAUCGACCCUUCCGCCGGCCAUCACACCCGCCGCCGUCCCAUCCCGUCCCUGACCGUGCCACCACCGAGCAUGACGCGCCGCCACCAGAGGGCCGCCCGCAGCUAGUGGAGAGUGUGGGGGCGCCCGAUGAGCUGCAUCGGCAGCUCGACAAGGCCGAGAGCGACGACCACGGGGAGGGCGCGGCAACGACAUCGGCAGGAGGUGCCACUGAUGGGCAGGACUCCUCUCCAUCGACAUCGUGCUGCGGGCGCGACAAGCCCAUUCUGUCGUCACUCGACUCGGCUCUCAAGGUGUCCCAUCGAAUAUGUCCAUCUUUCUGCCAACCUCAUGGCUUUUCUCUUUUCGACAAUGUGGAAAGAAGCUCUUGCGGGCAUUCCAGGAGGCACGGGGGGCAGAGGGCUGAGUGUCGGCUUCACAUCGCUGUCUCCAUUUUAUAUUUGAUGUCUCUGCAGGACGCCAAAUCGCCAGCUCAUAUAUCUGAUAUGCGUAGAUGAACUGAAUGCACGCGGAUUGGACGAGACAUAAGUUAGCUUUCGCAAUUGAAUGAGUCAG